UGCGCGUGAGAGGAGAGCGCGGCGGCUGCGGCGGCUGCGACUCCUCCGACCAUGCAAUGGCGGUCGUUGGUGUUGGCGCUGCUGGCCCUGAGACUGGCCGGACAGGCCCUCCUGUGGCUGGCGGGGCCCAGCUUCGGCUUCUACCAGCAGCGCCUCCGCGCCUUUUCCUGCGGCAGUCCGGCCAAGGAAGGAGACCCCUCCAGCUCGCGGUGCCUCAAAGCCCCUCACUGGGCCUCUUUCUUGGGACGAGCAUGGGGAGGCGAUAGCGGCGGCGGCGGUGAUAACAACGGCGAAGGCGGCCGCGGGAAGAGACCCGGCCCCGCCGCUGCUGCUUCUUCCUCUUGGUCCCGCCGCAAUGGCGGCGGCGGCGACGAGUAUGAGCAGCGCUACAACCGGGCUUUCCCCCUUCAACUGCGGGCUCAGUUGCGCGACGCCGCCCGCAGCAUGUUCUCUUUCGGCUACGACAACUAUAUGGCCCACGCUUUCCCUCAGGACGAGCUGAACCCCAUCCAUUGCCGGGGCCGCGGGCCCGACCGAGCCGACCCUUCAAAUCUGAAUAUCAAUGAUGUCCUGGGAAACUACUCGCUUACUCUGAUUGAUGCAUUGGAUACCCUAGCAGUAAUGGGAAAUUCUUCAGAAUUUCGGAAAGCAGUGAAGCUUGUGAUCGACACAGUAACAUUUGACACAGAUUCAACUGUCCAAGUGUUUGAGGCAACAAUUAGGGUUUUGGGAAGUCUCCUUUCAGCCCACAUAAUAAUUACAGAUACCAGACAGCCUUUCGGUGAUAUGACUAUUAAGGGAUAUGAUGAUGAACUGCUGCAUAUGGCUCAUGACCUGGCAGUAAGGUUAUUGCCUGCCUUUGAGAAUACCAAAACUGGAAUUCCUUAUCCAAGGGUGAACUUAAGGACAGGAGUUCCUUCUGGAAGCAAUAAUGAGACUUGCACUGCGGGGGCUGGAUCAUUACUGGUAGAAUUUGGAAUUCUUAGUCGGCUUCUUGGGGAUUCAACUUUUGAGUGGGUUGCCCGUCGAGCUGUAAAAGCCCUCUGGAACUUAAGGAGCAAUGACACUGGGUUACUAGGUAAUGUUGUGAAUAUUCAAACUGGCCAUUGGGUAGGAAAACAAAGUGGCUUAGGAGCAGGCUUAGAUUCAUUUUAUGAAUAUCUUUUGAAAUCAUAUAUCCUCUUUGGAGAAAAAGAAGAUUUAGAAAUGUUCAAUGAUGUUUAUCGGAGUAUUCAGAACUACUUAAGGCGAGGGAGGGAAGCCUGCAAUGAAGGUGAAGGAGACCCACCUCUUUACGUUAACGUUAAUAUGUUUAGUGGUCAGCUUAUGAACACCUGGAUUGAUUCUCUUCAGGCUUUUUUUCCUGGACUUCAGGUUUUAAUAGGUGAUGUAGAAGAUGCCAUUUGCCUUCAUGCAUUUUAUUAUGCAAUAUGGAAACGAUAUGGUGCUCUUCCAGAGAGAUAUAAUUGGCAGUUACAAGCACCUGAUGUUCUUUUUUAUCCUCUAAGGCCCGAAUUAGUAGAAUCUACGUAUCUCCUAUAUCAGGCCACAAAGAACCCUUUUUAUCUUCAUGUAGGAAUGGAUAUUCUUCAGAGUCUGGAGAAAUAUACUAAAGCAAAAUGUGGUUAUGCUACUCUUCACCAUGUAAUAGAGAAAUCCAAAGAAGAUCGGAUGGAAAGUUUUUUUCUCAGUGAAACAUGUAAAUAUUUGUUUUUGCUGUUUGAUGAAGAAAAUCCUGUGCACAAAUCAGGCAAUAAGUACAUGUUUACCACAGAAGGACACAUAGUAUCACUGGAUAAGCGCCUUCGUGUUUCAGUAGGGCAAAAUACCUCCCCUCAAGAGCAGAAAAAACCCGGAAAGAUAAAGCCAAAUGAACUAAAAGUAAACAACUCCAUUUGUAAUUGUAACAGAGUACCAGAUGAGAGAAGAUACCUGCUGCCUUUGAAGAGCAUUUAUAUGAGACAGAUAGAUCAGAUGGUGGGUUUGAUCUGAAUAGUUGUGAAAUAAUGCUAAGAAGAUGCAAGACAACAUCUCAUUUGAAGAUUAUGUUCCUCUUGAAUUACAAGGCUAACAGCAAAUGCAGGUGCUUAAGUAGUCACCCAUUGUAUUGAGAGUUUGAUCUCUUGUUGAAAAGAGCAUUCCAUGUUAGAUUGCAGUUAUUGUAACUGAAAUGGAGUAAAACGUGGCGUAAUACAAAUUAAGAUCUCAUGCAUCAAACUUCACAGCUCAUAUUGCUGAUAGUUAAGAUUCCUUUAGUGGCUUGCACCUAAAAUGCUGCCUUGCUAUCACUUAUUUGUCUUCCAAAAGAGAACAUUUGGAAAGAACUUGCAAUUUAAAAUAUAUUUCUUAAGAAAAAAAAUGGUGGUAAGAGGAAGAAAAGGGAACGUGCAAUUACUUCCACCAAGUUGAAAGGUUUCACAAGCAAUAAAUAGUACUAAUUAUUGCUCAGGUAGGAAAAUGGCUAUAAGUUCUGGUUUACCUAAAAUAUCUUGCUGAAUAUAUCAUAAUUGAAGCACAGCUUGCAUAACAGCCAAGCUAUUGCAGGACUAUGUUCAGGACUAACAUCAUAUUGGUUGAUGUUGCAAACAGUGUUCUUAAUUUGAUUUGCACAUCUAAGGGUGUAUGGAGUUUACUAGUUUCUGAAACCGGUAUUUUUCUUUUCUUUUUUUAAUGUGCCUUCUGGUAGAUAAAAAGAUGCAAAAAAAAAAAAAAAGCAAAAGCCAUUCAGUUUUGCUCACUGAGUGGCCUUGCGUUGCUGAUUUGUAGACUUUUGCUAUGUUUUUAUGUUUUGUAUUUAUUCUUUCAUGCCUUUCCUAGAAAUCAACCUGAAAUAAUACAAAAUUCAAGUAUUCACAUU